UGGACCUCCAUUCAGAGCGAAAAUCGGGUGCCUAACAAUAUUACCGUAAAAUUAAUUUUCUUCGAUUUUAUGAUUUUUAUUUGAUGGCGUUAGUCAACGAACUUUGAUAAUUCUUGGUAAGCGUAUAUACUGCAAUCAGUCACCUAGUUGUAUAGCGCUGAUGUACUGACUGUUGAGAAAGCAAACAUUAGACUAUCCCCAAGGUAUUUUCGGUUAUAAAGAAAGUGCAUAGAUGAUAGAUGAUUACAAAUUAAUUCGCCAGUAUUCAUCUUCUGCUAAAGAAAGGCAACGGAAAAAUUAUUUUGAUUGGAGACCGUUCCGACUUAUAAACGUUAUACCCCUCUCAGCUCAUUAGUCUAUAAACGUCCCUAAAUCUAAUGAUGAAUCAGUUGGAAUAAUACGGAGGUGAGUUUAUAUAUUAGUGUGUCACACUUUAAGAGUUUAGACUUAAUCUGUCUUAAAAUACAGCACAGCUAUUCCGUGCAUCUGUUAGAACAUGAGUUUUCGCUCAAUACAGAAUGAAAUAUACUCUAACUUCAUAUUUUUUUUUUAUCUUAGAGAAUAUAUCACAGGACGGACAUAAUAAAAAUCAUUUAAAUGAAGUAUGUCGCUGCAUAAUGUUUUUCUAUAUGCAGAAGAGAAUACUGAAUAUUAUUUAAAAAAAAAACUUUUGAUAGCCAUAUAUUAUAUAUUGAAUUUGACUUGAAUCUAUAACCGAAAAACAUUCGAAAAAUUAACAGCUGUUUUGCAUUUUUAAAGCAAAUACAUUUUCAAAUCCCAAAUUUUCUUAACAGGUCGUUUUCAGGAUUUUGAUAUUUUAAAAAACUAAACAUAAUGACAUCUUCCAACGUCGCUCUAUUCGUGGUCGCCGUUCUCGUGUUCGGGACAGUCGUCAACUCUCAGUCAGUGUACCAGCAGACCUACGGACAGGGUGUCUACUCCCAAUACCCAAGAAGUCCCGUCUCUAUUUGGAUUAUACCAAUUGUCUUAGUCGUUCUGGUCGUGGUACUGAUUCCAUCAUUGGUCGGAAGUUCCUGGAUUAUGGUUGACAAAAUGAAAACACGUCCACCUACACCGAGCACCUCGACACCGACCACCUCGACCACAACUAUGACUUCACCGACCACCUCGACUACGACUACGACUACACCGACCACGUCGAUACCGACUACUUCGACUACAACUAUGACUACAACUACCACACCUGAUGGAAGUGGAUAAGGGAGAUAAUUAAGACAACUG